GGCCUGGCAUACUUUUGUCCAUGGGGUCACAAAGACUCGGACACGACUGAGCGACUUAACUGAACUGAACUGAAUCCAAGGAGAAAGGUCAAGAAUCUCAUGUCAGUGGAUAAGCAGGUGAAAGUGCAGAGGAGGUUCAAAUUCUGAAUAUUCAAGGCACAUUUCCCCAACGGCCACUUGGCAAGACGCCCUCUCAUUUAGCUUCUAGUUUGAUGAAUCUCAUUAAUGAUUACCGAGUCAAGCCCCAGAGUGGCAAAGCAUCUGCAGCUGCUUGCGGGCAAAGUUGUAGAGGGUGAGAGCUUGAAGGGAGAGCAGGUUCUAAAUCAAAGUCCUUCCUCAGACACUAAAUCGUAACAACAGAUGGGAAACUGAAAUACACAAAUUUGCUCCUGGUAACACUUGGUGCAUUAGGUAAAUCACAAGCCUGGAUAUCAACUAAGGAACGCCAAGCUCCAAAUCUACCACUCUGAAAUCGGCACGUGUGUUUUAAAGGAGUCUCUUUUCUCAUGCCUGAUAUACUGGAUCACACUCCAUCACCCUGAGAGGUGAAAAACAGACAUCAGAAGAGAAGAACACAAUUGCCACUAUGACAGAAUUGAGUCCCACAGCAGGGAAGAACUCUCAAGAUAUACAAGGGGAUGAGAAGCUCAGUCCUAGGAAAGCUCCUAGCAUUUGUUCCACUCGCUAUGGAAUAGCCUUCAUCGUACAUUUCUGCAACUUCAUAAUAAUGGCACAAAAUAUUAUCAUGAAUAUCACCAUGGUAGCCAUGGUCAACAGCACAAACCAUCAGCCCUCAUUUAAUGACUCCACUGAGGGGUUGCCUGUUGAUUCCUUUGGUGAUCCAAAUAAUUCCCCAAAGAGUCUUCCUGCAAGGGCCCCUGUGUAUGAUUGGAACCCUCAAAUCCAGGGCAUCAUCUUUAGUGCUAUCAACUAUGGCAUGAUUCUGACACUGGCUCCCAGUGGAUACCUGGCUGGAAGAGUAGGAACAAAGCCAGUGGUUGGUGCUGCUCUGCUUGGAUCCUCACUUCUUGUUCUUUUCACCCCUCUGGCAGCUGACUUUGGACUAGUUUUCUUCAUUGCAACUCGAAUACUUCAGGGCAUGAGCCUGGGGUUAGAAUAUGGGGGUCAGUUUGCAAUCUGGGAAAGAUGGAGUCCUCCACAUGAACGAAGUCGACUCUGUGGCAUUGCCAUAUCAGGAAUGCUGCUGGGUACCUGCAUCGCCAUCCUGCUGGGUGGCAUCAUCAGUCAAACCCUCGGGUGGCCUUUUGUCUUCUAUAUAUUUGGAGGUUUUGGCUGUAUCUGCUUUCUUCUCUGGUGUGUUUUGGUUUAUGAUGACCCUGUCACUCAUCCAUGGAUAAACAUUACAGAGAAAGAAUAUAUCAUAUCCUCCUUGGCCCAACAGGUCAGCUCUACUAAGCAGCCUCUUCCCAUCAAAGCUAUGGUCAGAUCUCUACCCCUCUGGUCCAUGUGUGUUUGCUGUUUCAGCCAUCAGUGGUUAAUUAAUAUAAUAAUUAUAUAUGCACCAACUUACAUUAGCUCUGUGUUCAACAUUGAUAUUAGAAAUAGUGGUUUCCUGUCUGCCCUUCCUUUCAUUAUUGCCUGGGUCAUUUGCCUCCUGGGAAGUUACCUGGCAGAUUUCCUUCUGACCAAGAAUUUUAGGCUUGUUACAGUGAGGAAAAUUGUCACAGUUCUAGGAAGUCUCCCCUCCUCAACAUUCCUUUUGGUUCUGCCAUACGUUGCCUCCAACUAUAUCAUAGCAGUGAGCCUUCUGACACUCUCCUGUGGACUAGGCCUGUUAUGUCAGCCAGGGGUCUAUAUCAAUGCCUUAGAUAUUGCUCCAAGGCAUUCUAGUUUUCUCAUGGGAGCUUCAAGGGCGUUUGCACAGAUAUCUGCUGUCCUGGCACCCACUGUCAGUGGAUUUCUUCUCAGUCAGGACCCUGAAUUUGGGUGGAGGAAUGUCUUUUCCUUGGCAUUUGUCAUUAACACAUUAGGACUGAUCUUCUAUCUUAUCUUUGGAAAAGCAGAUGUCCAAGACUGGGCUAAAGAAAGAAAACUUACUCAUUUAUGAAGUUACCCCACUUCGGAUGGAAAGUCAUUAGGUACUUUAUUUCAUAAAUGAGAAGGCUUCAGUGGUGGACAAACAGAAAAAUUUUCUUUGCUGUAGCUCUUUUCAAAUCUGAGAUCAUUUCUUUAUUUUACUCAGACUUAUUUUUGAGGAAAAUAUCUGAUGAAUGAAAAUCCAAAUAAAAUGA